AUGUCCGACGACGAUGAUUUCAUGCAAGACUCCGGCGAGGAGGAGUACGACUUCGAAUACGAGGACGAUGAUGACGAGCAGAGUGGCGAUGUCGACAUCGAGAACAAGUACUACAAUGCGAAGCAGCUCAAGGCCGACGAUCCCGAGGCGGCCAUAGAUGAAUUCUUGGGAAUGCCUGCUCUAGAAGAAGAGAAGUCGGACUGGGGCUUCAAGGGACUGAAGCAGGCAAUCAAGCUGGAGUUUAAGCUGGCCCGCUACGACCAGGCUGUUGAGCACUACAAAGAGCUGCUGACCUACGUCAAGUCGGCCGUCACGCGCAACUACUCCGAAAAGUCCAUCAACAACAUGCUCGAUUUUAUAGAAAAGGCCGCAGAGGACGCCGAUGCAUAUCGCUGCAUGGAGAACUUCUACGCCCUGACCCUCGAUAUCUUCCAGAGCACCAACAACGAGCGGCUUUGGCUAAAGACCAACAUCAAGCUCGCGAGGCUGUGGUUGGACAGGAAGGACUACCGUCAGCUUACGGAGAAGCUCCGCGAGCUACACAAAGCCUGUCAGAAGGAGGAUGGAACAGACGACCCGAGCAAAGGCACAUACUCACUGGAAGUCUACUCGCUAGAGAUUCUGAUGUACGCCGAGACCAGGAAUAACAAGCGGUUAAAGGCACUCUACCAACGAGCGCUCAAGGUCAAAUCCGCGGUUCCACACCCCAAGAUUAUGGGUAUUAUCCGAGAAUGUGGUGGCAAAAUGCACAUGAGCGAAGAGAACUGGAAGGGCGCGCAGAGUGACUUCUUUGAGAGCUUCAAAAACUACGAUGAGGCUGGAUCACUCCAACGAAUCCAGGUUCUGAAGUAUUUGGUCCUAGCGACCAUGCUGUCGGGUUCCGAUAUCAAUCCGUUUGACUCGCAGGAAACCAAGCCCUACCAGAACGACCCGCGCAUCUCUACAAUGACUGACCUGGUCAACGCCUAUCAGCUUGAAGACAUUCACGGUUACGAGAAGAUCCUGCAGAACAAUCAGGAUCUGCUCCAAGAUCCUUUCAUUGCCGAGAACAUUGACGAAGUUACGCGCAACGUGCGAACCAAGGCUGUGGUCAAGCUCGUCGCACCCUACACUCGCUUCACGUUAGCGUUUAUUUCCAAACAGCUGAAGAUAUCUCUUUCCGAGGUGCAGGAAAUUGUAGGGUUCCUAAUAGUUGACAAGCGGUUGCGCGGCAAGAUCAACCAGCAGAACGGAACGGUAGAGAUUGAGAGUAGCACAGACAUGGAUCGGGUGCAGGCGAUGAAGGAAUGGAGUAGUGCCAUUGGAGCGUUGUGGCAGACAGUGCUAAACGAAGGCGACGGCUUCAAGUCAGACGAGAGCGGUUCUCAAUUCACGCCUGGUGGUGGCGGGCCCCAAAGCAUGAGCUGGAAUCAAGGUUCGAUGGGUGGCAAGUCCGGUCGAGGUAAAGGCAAGGGUGUGGGGAGGCUUCCGGGAGUAAUGGGCAAAGGAUGA